ACGGUGCGCAGUCACGUAGCUAAAAACAAAUUUUUGUUUGGUUAAAAAAAAACUUAGGAUUUGUAAACUAAUAUUUGUGUAAAAAUCUACAUGAUAUAAUAACACAAAAUGUCGGCCAAACAUUUGCGAUUACGCUACUAUACCUCAUAUGAGGAGGCGAUACUGGUGACUUUGUGGCGCGAAAAAGUUACUGAGAUAACUUCAUAUAAGGAGAAUUUACCCAUCUUUCGGGAGAUUUCUUUUGGACUGCAACAAUAUGGAAUUAAAUUGAAUAAGCAGGAAGUGCGACGACGCCUUAAUAGUUAUAAAAAUAAAUACAUAAUCGAAAGCGGACGCAUAUUGGCGGAUAAGGAGUACAUCUCGGAUUGGCGUUUAUAUCCAUUGGUGGAAUGUGUCCUUAAUCCAAGUGAACCUAGGCCCGAUGUCCACCAUCAGAGAAGAGUUUUGGCACAGGCAGAGACUAAAAUAAGACAGGAAAUUCCAGAUUUUCGUCCAUAUGUGUUGACUCCCAUGAAUCAUUUACGAUUCAAUCACGAUCCCGAUGGUUGUGCCUUUAUAGAGAGGGGAGAUUACGAAGAUCCAAGUGCGAAUCCUGAACCCAUCUACUCACAUGACACACAAUUUAAGACUGAUGAGCACAUGGACGAUGAACAUGAUGAAUGGCCAUCGAGACGGCCUCCUUUGGCACCGGCCAAUCGAAGUUUGGAGACAUUUGCCAUAGACUCAGAAGCAUCGCCAUUUACUGUUCCCAAUCUUGCAUCCACUGCAAGACAAAGACGACGGCGCAGCAUUAUGCCACGCACAGGACUCAUUACCCUUGCUCACAUUGAACGUUUGCGCAAGGAAAACGACGUGCUUGAGGAACAAAAUGAUUGCUUUAUAGCCGAUCUUGAAAUGAGAGAACUUCAGUUAAAGGUUUUAGAGCAGAAUUUCAAAAUUUGGAUACAAGGACAAGAGACUGUUCUAAAGAAUCUUCAAAAGACACCCGUUCCUUAGUUUGUUAUCCCAAAAAACGCCAUUCAAUAUUCUACUUGUUAUACAUUUGUACAAAUAAUACAAAUGUUUAUAUUUUUUUCUAACAAAAAAUGAUUAAUGAAUUUAAUAGCUUUAUUUUCCAAACUGUUGUAGAUUUGAUUUUGGAAUCAAUUUUGUUUUUUUUCUAAUUAUUCGAGUUCCUUUCUUAGCAUAAGCCAUAGAAACCUAAUCUAAGUGACAACAAUGUACAAAUUGAAUUACAUUUAAGACGUGUAUAUUUUUUUUAGUUUCUUUACAUCCAAAUAAAGCCAACAUGAAAUUCGGCUAACGGCAAGGAUAUUGACAAUAUAAAGUGCAAA